UUUUGCUGGACAAGGUCCCAUCGGUGAGCUCCCCCGGCAGGCAAGGCUGCGUUGGCUGGGUCACGUAGCCCGCGUGCCAAGCCACCGCAUGCCUAAACAGCUUUUGUUCGGCCGGAUCGAGGGGGCUAAACGGGCGCGGCACGGGCUAGAGAAGAGAUGGAGUGAUGUGGUACAGGAGGACGAGGAGCUGAGUGGACUUGCUGAUGACUGGUACCAGCGGUGUCAAGAUCCGCCUCUGUGGAGGAGGCUCGUGAAGGACGCUACUGGGCAGUUGGAGGCAGUCGCCCUCCAACAACAACGGAGGGCGGAGGAGCGACGCUCACAACAACGAGCGAAGCGCCGGGUGGCUAAAGCACAUGGCGCCUGCGGAGCUCCCGGCAUGGGAACAUGGAUCUCGACGCCGCGAGUAGCCAAGUCCACCGCUCCGCCCGUGACGGCGGGGUACGGGUGGGUCGGCGCGAGAUGAUCGACUGGAGUUGCCUGAGCGAGGAGGAGAGGGAAUCCAUCCGGCGGGUCCUGGAACGCGACGCCAAACUGCGGCAGAGGGAGUCCAGCCGACUCAGGAAGCUGUCGGAGAGGCACGGAGACCGGCCCGGAGCGCGACUCCUGUUGGACCGAGCCGCGUGCCCCGAGUUGUCCGUGAUGAGCCGCCUCGACUCGAACCCUCGCGUCCAGCAGCUCUUGACGCCGGGAGCGGCGACCGCGGGCGGCGAACACUCAGAGGCGUCUCCCCUGGCGGACGCCCUGGGUCGGAUGGUGUCCGUGUGCGAGAGCAAAUUCCGGAGCCUCCGAGCUCCGACCGUGAGCCUCCAACUCUCGCUGUUCGGCGGAGAGAGGCGAGGCGGGGGCCACGAGCGAGGCGGCGGGUGCGGGUACACGGACGAGGUGGACAUGGAGGAGGUGGUGGAGGAGUCCACCCACGUCUUCAGCAGUAGCUCCACCAGCGUGACAUCUUACACGCACGCCAAGUUCACGUCCACGCUGCAGGUGCUCAUGCCCUCGCCCAAGGUGGAGCCGAGGAGACUACUUGAGAGGUCAGACUCGCAAGAGGGAGGAUCGGCGCUCCGCUCGCUCAACAGCGGCCCCACCCCGGCCGCUCACCUCUCCCGAGCUCACGAGGCCGAACGUCGCUUCGCCCCCUCCCCCCGGAUCCCCCGGACCACGCGGAUCCCCUCGGACAUCCUCACCGGCACCAGCCCCCCUCCGCGGGCGCCGCCCCCCCCGACCUCGCCGCCGACAAGUUCCAUCUCCUCCGAGGACGUCGCCGGCAGAGCAUCGGCAGCGACGGCUUCGGAAACCCCGCCGCCACGGUCCGACCCCAUCGGCGCGGGGAGUCGAAUUCGGAGCCUGUCCUUCGGCAGUAGCGGAGGAGUGACGCCGUUCCAGGUCCUCUCCCUGCGCAAGGGUCUCGAGGAGGGCCAGUCACGAGAUGCCGGCCAGGCCGGCCUGACCACCGGAUACGAGGGACAGUCCUCCUCCUCCUCCUCCUCCGCCACCUCCUCCACCUUCUCCUCGCUGCCCGCCCAGCAGAAGAGCCACACGCGCUUUCGUGGCGAUGCGACCGGCACCCACCGGCCGCGGCUCGGAGCCGACGGCACCUUCUCCUUCUCCACCGUCAGCCUGGACCGGCUGCUGGAGGACGACGGCGACGGCGCCGGGGACGCGCGCCGGACGGGGGCGGGGAGCGGCGACCUGAUCGCACCGGGCAGAGACCGGUCCAUCUCCACCGGCCAACUGGUCUCUCCGAAAAGGGAAGCGCCGGUCCCCCGGGUUGACCGCUCGGCCUCCGGCACCGACCGGACCGCUCCGCGAAGCGACCGGCUCUCGCCGAGCGGCGACCGCUCCGCCGCACAGAACCGUUUCAUCCCCACGAGCCACCGCACCGCUCCCGCCGGUGACCGGCCAGUGCCCGCAAGCGACCGGCUCUCACCGGACAGCAACGGGUCGGCGCCAGGCAGUGCCCGAGUCACUCCUGGAAGAGACCGCUUCAUCCCGUCCAGCCACAGGAACUCGUCGGCCAGUGACCAGCCAACCGGCCGUGACCGGGCAGUUCCGGCAAGGGACCGCUUUAUCCCCACCAGCCAGCGGACUUCCUCAGCCAGUGACCGGCCUGCCUCUGCCACCAGUGACCGGCCAGUUCCCAGUAACGACCGCCUCUCACCGGGCAGCAACCGAUCACCGCCGGGCAAUGAGCGUCUGACCCCAAACGAAGACCGGUUCAUCCCUACCAGCCAGCGGUCCCCUCUGGCCAGAGAUCGGCCCGGACCAGUGAGCGAUCGGCCCACUCCAGCCAGAGACCUUCCAGUGUCGGUCAGGUAACCAGUCCACUCCAGACAGUGACCGGCCUAAACCGGUGAGUGACCGGUCCCCUCCAGCCAGAGACCUACCAGUGUCGGUCGGUAAUCAGUCCACUCCAGCCAGUGACCGGCCUGCACCGGGCAGCGAGCGUCUCGCCACGCUGACCGGUGAGCGGUCCACGCCGGUCAGGAACCAGACGCCGGGGUCGAGGGUCAGGGAGAGUAAACUGAAGGCGCCGGACGCGAGGGCUGAUGCCGUGCCGAGCCCGGCCGUCGGUCGCGGCAGCCAGGGCUGGCGGGGCAGAGUGCCGGCGGUGGCUGCCGGCGCGGGAGAGACUGGAGGUGGGGCUCGAGGAGGAGAGGGAAAAGCGAUGGAAGGAAGAGGAGGCGGAAAAGGAGGAGCAGGAGCAGAGGGAGGAGGAGAUGGAGGAGUUGGACAAGGAGGAGAGGGAG